CUCGUUUAUGGUAGUGAACGCAUCGGGCCGCGCGUCAGGACAAAAGGCUCACCUGUACAUGCCCACCCUGAAGGAGAACGACACCCACUGCAUCGACUUCCUGUACUCUCUGUCCAGUCGCGACGGGGCAAGCCCAGGAACUUUAAACGUCUACAUCAAGGUGAACGGAGGCGCUCAAGGUAACCCGGUGUGGAACGCCUCGGAUACCGUCACCGAAGGCUGGGUCAAGGCUGAACUCGCCAUUUCCACAUUCUGGCCCAACUCCUAUCAGGUAAUAUUCGAGGCGGUUUCGGUCCAAGGCCACCCUGGUUUCAUCGCCAUCGAUGACAUACGAGUUCUCGCUCAUCCUUGCCGUAAAGCUCCUCAUUUCCUGCGGCUGCAGAAUGUGGAGGUGAACGUGGGGCAGAAUGCCACGUUCCAGUGCACUGCUGGAGGGAAAUGGUCUCAGCAUGAUAAACUCUGGCUGCAGCAGUGGAACGGCAAAGACACGGCGCUGAUGGUGACCAGGGUGGUCAACCACCGCCGCUUCUCUGCGACGGUGAGCGUCGGUGACACGUCGCAGCGCAGCACCAGCCGCUACCGCUGCGUCAUCCGGUCCGAUGGCGGAUCCGGAGUUUCCAACUACGCCGACUUGAUUGUUAAAGCCCCGCCCACUCCCAUCGCUCCCCCUGAGCUCCUCGCCGUUGGCGCCACCUACCUGUGGAUCAAGCCCAACGCCAACAGCAUCAUCGGAGAUGGGCCGAUCAUCCUGAAGGAGGUGGAGUACCGCACCACCACAGGAAACUGGGCUGAGACCCACGUGGUUGACGCCCCCACCUACAAGUUAUGGCAUCUGGACCCAGAUGUGGAGUAUGAGAUCAAGGUUCUGCUGUCCAGACCGGGCGAAGGGGGGACCGGGCCGCCGGGGCCGCCGCUGAUAACCAGGACCAAAUGUGCAGAUCCCGUCCACGGACCCCAGAACGUCAACGUGGUGGACGUCCGCGCCCGCCAGCUGACCAUCCAGUGGGAAACGUUUGGAUACGCCGUAACACGAUGCCACAGCUACAAUCUGACGGUUCAGUACCAGUACGUGUUCAAUCAGCAAGAGUUUGCAGCUGAGGAGUUGAUCCAGACGUCGUCUCAUUACACGCUGAGGGGACUGAGGCCCUUCGUCACGGUCAGGCUGCGCCUCGUUCUGGCCAACCCCGAGGGCAGCAAGGAGAGCGAGGAGAUCGUCAAACAGACGGAGGAGGACGUACCCGGGUCGGUGCCGGUGGAGUCGCUGCAGAAUACUCCAUAUGAGGAGAAGAUCUUCAUGCAGUGGAAAGCUCCCAAUGAGACCAACGGGGUCAUCACUCUGUAUGAGAUCACAUACAAGGCCCUGAGCUCCCUGGAUCCCAGUGCUGACCUGACGACCCAGAGGGGACGAGUGUUCAAGCUGAGGAACGAGACCCAUCAUCUGUUUGUCGGCCUUUACCCUGGAACCACCUACUUCUUCACCCUGAAAGCCUCCACCAACAAGGGCUUCGGUCCGCCCGUCACCACACGCAUCACCACAAAGAUCGCAGCUCCCAUGAUGCCAGAGUAUGAAUCAGAAACGGCUCUCAAUGAGACGGAGACGACCAUCACCAUCCUGCUGAAGCCCGCCCAGUCCAGAGGAGCACCAAUCAGCUCCUACCAGCUUGUUGUGAAGGAAGAGAGGAAGUCUAAAAGUCGGCGUGCCGCCUCUGAAGCUCCGGAGUGCUUUUCUGCCCCGUUCAGCUUCCGCAACGCCUCCAUCCUCAACUCUGCGUACUACAUGGCUGCUGACCUCCCACCGUCCAGCCUCACGGUGGUUCAGCCAUUCACAGUGGGAGACAACAAGAGCUACGGCGGCUUCUGGAACCCUCCGCUGUCCCCGGCCAAGAGCUACAGCAUCUACUUCCAGGCUAUGAGCAGAGCCAAUGGGGAAACCAAAAUCAACUGCGUCCGUCUGGCUUGCAAAGUGGUAAUAGGUAGGGGACAAAUAACAACGCCGUACAUUCUAGUCAUCCCAAGCGAAGGUGCAUCCACCCAGGAUUCAGAUGCCAUGGAGCCGGAGAAGCAGGUGGACAGCACGGUGAAAAUGGCUGGCAUGAUCGCAGGGAGUCUCAUGAUCAUCAUCAUCCUCCUCGGAGUCAUCCUGACCUUCAAGCGCAGAGAGAUUCACACAUGGAGAACUCUGAGCGUGGGGUAUUGUAUGUUUACUUUUAGACAUGAACACAUCCACUCCGUUGCUCACUGUGACUCUCACUGCUGCUUUGCUGACAUUUUUCAUUUUCCUAAUUUAUCGCCGUUCCUACUUUCUCACAUGUUUUUGCCAUAAAGAGUUGUAGAGAGU